ACCACUACUGACGGCGACGUUGGUACGCCACUCUCGGCCCUUGCUUUUGCUCUGCAAGUGCCUGUUGUAGCCUCUGCAAGCGAUGGCGGUCGGGCCACAUUGACCCAAGACUCGCUGCUAAAGCUGCUCAACUCUUGCCAACAGAGCAUUGUGCGGUUGCUUGGAUCGCUUCCCUCGACACAUCUAGGCGAGCCUCUGUUGCACAAGAAGCUGACUUCUGAGCACCACGCCAGACUCACCCGCAUCAAUCAAGAUCUCGAGCAAGAAUACACCCUUCGACGACGCAUGCUUUUGAAGCGUCUUGAUGUGACUGUGCAGUCCUUCGAAUGGUCGACUCGCGCCCAGAGCAAGCUUGACGCCCUGCAAUCCGCCUUCCAAACGCAGCGCACAAAGCUUUCGCCUGUCGCGCACAUCGAUGUCUACGCCGUGUUGGCCGCUCGAUCAAACCUGCUUCGCAUCACCAAGGCCAGCGACGAGUCUACUCGUCGUAAGGUCCGCUCGUCGUUGUACCAAGUCGUCAUGGGCAAGGUGCCCGACCGUGGUGGCCGUGCCAAGGAAGCCCGCGGCGCGCGCAUGCCUGCCUUUGCCAAGCGCGAUGCUGCCGUCAGUGAAGCAUCGGGUUCUGGGUCCCGCGGUGGCCACCGAGGACAAGGACAGGGACACGGACAAGGCGGCCACAGCAAGCACGGUCACAACAACAACAAGGGCAAAGGUGGUCGGCGCUGA